ACAGCGUCACACAGGAUCUCGCCGGGUAACAAUGGAGAGCUGGCCGACUCGGUUGUCCGACUGUCUGCCCGUUUGUACCACUCGAACUCCCGCUGUACGUAGUAACACACACAGAUAAAUAUCAAGUAGACACCACGGGAGAGCCACAUCAAGGUGAAGGUCAUGUCGAAACUGCAAGGCAAGUGGAAGCUUCAUGACUCGGAGAACUGGGAUGAAUACAUGAAAGCUAGUGGCGUGGGCUUCGUGCUCCGGAAAGUGGGCAACAACAUCACGACAUAUGAGGAGAUCACACAGGACGGAGACACGUGGGAGUUGCACAUCACGUCGACGUUUAAGAGCAGCCACCUCAAGUUUCAACUGGGAGUGGAAUUCGACGAAGUCACAAUGGACGGCAGAAACGUCAAGUCGUUGUUCCGACUGGAGGGUGACAAACUCCUGCACGACCAGAAGGGAACCAAGCCGGGCGAGGUGGGAUCGUUCAUCACCAGGGAGCUGGUCGACGAUGACACCAUGGCCAUUACAUUUGUUUCCAGUGAGAAGAAUGUUACUGCCAAACGAUUCUUUAAACGUUAUACUUAACUACUGUUCCCACCAACGAUAUGUAUAUAGUUUUAAUUUAGUCAUAGUGAUCCUACUAAAACCAGGUCAAUGUUAUACAUGUAUGUAGGUCAUCAAAAUACCAAAAUGGCUGCUUUUCCGCUACGCUCCCAACGCAAAGUUAAAUUUAAACAACGACGUCGAGAUUUUUUUAUAAAUAUUAAUUUUGUAUUGAAAUUGUUUUAUACUGUAAAACAAGGACGCCCGAAUAGUAUUCCUAAGUGCUGGAUCGAUUAAAAAAAAAAACCCCCACAUAAAUAUAUGCAUGGGACAAGUAAGAAAAUGUCAAAACAGCAUGAACAUAAAUAACCAGGACAACGAUGAUGACACGUGUUCCGGAUUCACAGGCGUAAUUACGCCAAUGUGACAAAGAUGAGAAAAUUACAGCACAGCUGAAAAUGCUGAUUUAAUAUGUAAUUAUCAGUGGACAGCAUACGAAAUCGGCCUCAAGUCAUUGUACUUCUCGCGUGGUUCCCCUUUCCGAUGAAGAACGCGCGGACCGACUUUCUUCUGAUAUAGUAUUUCAAUUGUCACGUAUUGAUAUUAUGAUUAGCACAACCUCCGCCCCCCCCCCCCCCCCCCCCCCCCCCAGCGAAUUUUUUUUUUUUAAAUUGGCUACGGUUCUGUACGUUGUGUCGCUAUAAAAGCAGUAUAACCGGAAAUGGACUUCCCACUUCCUGUUGUAUAUCCGAUUAUUGAUUUGCUACGAAAACCCCC